AUGCAGGAAUCAGAUCAACGCUUAAUUGAAUCAUGCAUUGUAUCACUACCAGGCUGUCGUGAUCGUUCUAAUUCACCACUGAUUUUCAUAAACUUUAUUGAUACUAACAAUUCACAAACUGGUAAGAAUAAACCUCUUGUUGAAAAUGGCAAAUUUAUCGAGACUGUAAUUAACCCUAAUUAUCACAAGUUAGUAUCAGUUAUCAGUUAUUUGGCUCAAAUACCAGAACAAAAUGCUGGCAAACUUUCGUUCACUGUGAUAAUUGACGGACGUAAAGCAAUCAUUAAACACUUACGCUGUGCUUUACGAGCGUGUCAACAAGCGCUUUAUCAACGAAUUCAGUUAGUACUUGUUGUACAACCAGAGAAAUUCUUAGAUCAACAGAAGCUCAACUUUGAGCUCAUUAAAGAAGCCUACCAGUUCAAAUGUACUCUUAUAACUAUUCACAAGUUAUCACGAUUUGUGGAUGUGAAUCAGUUACCAGAUACUCUCGGUGGAACAUUGCACUAUGACCCUCAUGCGUGGUCUCUUCUCAGGCAAAAAUAUGAAAAUUACGUAAAACGUGCAAAUACGUGGAUAGAAAGCAAUGGCAAAUGUGAUAGCUCAAUUCACGCAACUUCGGUCCAAUCAAAUAAAAAUACUUUUGAAAAAAACAAAAUGAACUCUACCGAUUUUCUCAAAAAUGGUCAAGAAUUAUUUGAUGAAUUAUUGCAAAACGCUAAAAGUGGACAGAAUCAGAAUUUUGUGAACUUAGACUGGAUUACAGCAAGUCAGCAUAUCAAAGUGCUAAUGAAGCAAAUCAAGGCAAUUUUAUUUACAUUUAAUCAUAAAAGUACUGAAGAAGUGCCAGCAGAAAAAUCUCGUCAACAGGAACGAAGUAUAUCAUUGAAAUUAUUGGAAGAGCAUGCUGAAGGCAUGCAUAAUUUAGUAUAUUGGAUUCUAAACGCUGGUGAAAAAUGGCUUCUUACCUUGCAUGAAAUCGGAGAAUCAUUUGACGAUGCUAAUCAGUUACUCAAAGAACACAACGAGUUAGGAAGCAAAUUAAAGGAAGUAGAGGAACAAUCCCGUGAUUUGAUAGCAAUUGGACGUGUGCUACAAUAUGAGCUUCCCGAGCAUGCAACAAAAACGCAACAAAGUAUAGAUAAACUUCAGCAAGUGAUGCGUGCAUUUAGCUCACGUGUAACACGUCAGAAAUUUUCACGAAAGACAGAUUUAUUGCUAGAAUCAUUGUGUACAAAUGUGAAAGCAACAGAUAUUGCAAGCGCAACAAAGGAACAACAUGAAAUGGAAGCAAAAGUUGAUGACAUGGAGAAAACAUACCAUAAUGUUAUCACAAAUGGUGUGGCAUUCAUUGAUGAACUUUGCAUUGAUGAGUCUAAUUCGAUGGGUAGACCAAUUACACGAGACUAUUCUGCAGGCAUUGUACAUAUCCGAGAAAGACUGGAAGAAAUACGUGACAGAAGGAGAAGAUGUCAAAAUUUGUCAGAUUUUCGUAGAUUAAAAAUUCAACAACUUUUACAACUCUUUACGUGUGAAAGAGAUGCUGAACAGGCAGUUCUUUGGAUUGAAGAACUUUACGAAGCGUUGAUUAGUGAAUGCAACGAGAUAGAAUUUGACGUAAAACAAAGACGUAUAUUACGAGAAAAUAGAUUGAAACUUGAAAAAACUGCACUAAGCACUUAUGAAUAUGGCAAAGAAUUGUGUCAAGUAGCGUUCGUAUUAAGAAGAUCGUUGAGGAUGGAAGUACAACCUGAAUUCAAGCUUAAUCAGAGAUUACACGCAACUUGGAGGAAAUUUUGUUAUGCAUUCAAUGAAAAAGAAACUAAAAUUGACUGUAGCGACACGUUUUAUUCAACUAUUCAAAAAGUAAGUAAACGCCUCGAUGAGCUAUCACUUCGAUUAGACGAUAAAAGUUUAGAAAAACGCUUGAAAGAAAAUACACUGAAAUGGUUUAACGAAGAAAGAAAGCAUAUUACGAAUGAUAUUCAAGAAUUGAAGCAUAUCGCUGAUAUUUUACUACAAGGAAUGAACAAUAAUACUUUACGGUGA